CUUUGUCAUCUUUUCAACAUCAGGGGGCAAUUACCGUAGAGCUUAAAAAUCAAAAUGGAAUUUGUUUAUAGACCAACGAAAUAUGAAGUUGAGAUAAUGUGGAGCCAAGUGGUUACUUCGUAUGGCAUGAAUCAUUUCAGUGACCAGGAAUGGCAGGAAAUCUUUGUAGAUUUCUGCAAAUGCCUCACAUGCGAUACAGAUCCCUACAUUGGCAUGGACAAGGUGGGUGAAAUGGCCAAUGAUCUCAUGAGUUCGGGAGCACAAUAUGCAGUUACCCCACGACCGCUGCUGCGCUCGGCAACAUCAGUUGGACCAUUUUCUUGCAAUCCACCAACGCAGCCGCAAUAUGUCAGUUGGCGUGAGCAGCGAAUGGCAAAUCAUUCCGUAUGCAUGACCUCACAGCCAAUGCAACAACGGCGUUAUCCUUCGGUGCGCCAUGAGAGCGUGCUACUUAACACGCCAAGUGCUUAUGAGGCGAUGCAAUUUAAGCCCACCGUAUCGAAUGCUGAAUUUUUUAAGAAACCGGCUUCAUUGCCGGAGCGGCAAAUUCCACCAGUAUCACAACAAAAAGCACAGCGACAAGCACUACAUCCACAACAACGCUAUCAAAGUGCACAGCAACUUCAGCAGCAACAACAACAUCAGAAAUUACAGCAACAGCUUUCGCUGCGCCAGCAACAAAAGCAACAGCAAUUGGCAAAUCCGACACAACAAAAAACCGCUCAUGCAACUCCUGCAUACUUUAAUCAACCGUCGCCCAAAAAGCCCCGCAUGGAUUCAUACCAACAGGGCAUGACCAGCAGUCAGCUUAGUGAGGUGGAUCGUCGUAAUAGCGUAAACUUUGGACCGAAAUCUGAUGGAGGUAAAAUGACCAAGAUUCUAAAUGAUGUAAAUCUUUCCACAUCAACGUAUGGAGCUCAGCCAGAUCCUCUUGAGGAUUGGCUGAAGAAUUAUCCUGAUAAAACCGCCAGCGAGUUGACCACCCAUGUUGGAGAUACCGAUAAGUUUUUUGAUAACUUGCCCAGUUUAUCAACAUUGUUGGAGCCAACACCAUCGCUCGGAAAUCCAGUGGUGAUUGAAAAACCGGCUUCAAUUGCUGGCGUUGGUGCUAUUGCUGUUGAUGUGGAUAAUUCGGGCAAUGACAAGAAGAAAUCUAAAAAGAAGAAGUCCAAGCAGUCGAAAAAUUAAAAAGAAAGAGGUCGAAUUUCAGACAAAAACUAAAAAAACAGAUAUAAUACCACGCACACACAAUAAUUAUGUACCACGAAAUUAAAACUAUGAUUGAUGUUUCCAAUUUUAAUGGGAAUGCAAAUAAUAAAUAAACUUAACGGA